AUGCGUCCUCUUCCCUCGCGCCAGUUUCCUCGCCGCUGCCCUGCUCGUCCUCCAAUCGGCACUCUCGCUCGCCGCUCCCUCGUCAGAGGACGCUGUCCAUGAACUCGAGAAACGCAUCACGUGCCAUGACAACGAAGUCGCCAUCAGUGAGUAUCAUUCCUCAUACUACUGCGGUACCUGCUCCACCGCGCCCCACAUUUCUUGCUUCGACCUCGUUCUUCCGCCCGUUCCUCAGCUCACGACGAUCAUCGCUGGUCAGCAAACAUCAUAUUGACCUCGUUUGGCACUCCUUCCUUGACCGCAGACAAUGCUUGCGUCUCGUGCGCCUCGUUGUACAAGAACGCUUCGACCUGCACGCGGUCGGCGCCCCUGACGUGCACGUAUGGCGCUGUCAACUCAACUCGCAAGUGCGUUUACUAGGGGGUGUGCUCCCUGACCAUCACUUGUCUUGCACAUUAUUGCAAGUGUCAAGGCGCUAGUAUGGCUAACUUCUCAUCACCAUGCAGCUGCGCCCCUGUGGACUGCACCAAGCUGCCUGGAACCUACCGAACCGACGAUGGUGAGUUGGCUUCCUGCACGCUGGUUCUGAGGGCCUUUGAACUAAAUGCGUUCCCAUUGGUGUUCUUCCAUCUACUGUAGCCAAGCAAUGUCUUGCUUGCCCCGAUGCUCCUAAUGGCGCUCUGACGUGCAACAGUACGGCGACCUUCUCCUGCUUGCCCGGGUACGACUUUCACGGCGGUCAAUGUUACCUAGGCGUGCCCAUCGCCAAAUUUGUCGGCUACGGCCUGGCCAAGCCUUUCCUAGCUAAGCAGCAACCGUUCAAGCCUUACCUGCUCACGGACACUGUGCAUAUGUAUUGUCUGGCCCAGCAUCCCUCGGCUCGUGGUCAGUUCCGAUAAUGUUUCCUGUACUCUGGAGGAUCUUCCUUACUGACCUCGAUAUCUGUUCCGUCCUCUGACGGUACAGUUGCCGCCCAGACUGGAUUCAACAGUCCGAUGCGACCUACCUGCUCCGGCCAGAUUGGUGCCAUCGACCAGCCCCUCGUCGUGAUGGAUGACCACAGUGCCGCCGUCUUCCUCAGAGGGUGGUGCGAAGACCUAUCGACGAACCCUUACGUCACCGCGAACCGCGCCAACAGCUCUUGCGUCCAGUCUCAUCUCCUUCCCGAUGGAUUCGCCAGCCUCCCGUAG